GUGACGAUUAGAACCAUACAAGGCCUUGUAGCUCUAUCGAAACCCAGAUGCCAAAGCUGGAGUAAAGGCGCUCAACGACGACAACAACAACACACACAGAAAGCAAAAAUACCUGUUCCGUUCCGCCAUCAGAUUCCUUUCUCUCUCUCUACUUUUCCGGCCAUGAAAUUUUCCUGAGAAACAGACUGGAAUUUUCGCUGUAAGUUUAAUUUUGGGGGUUUUUGAACAGAGAUUUUUCUUUCCGCUUUUGGAAAUGGUGUCGAUUGAGGAUUCUCAUUCGAGUUCUAAUCGGUUUCCUUUGGGGAGGAAUUGUUACAGUCCGACUUCUACAACUUCCAGUAAAAUUAGUAGGAACAUUGGCCGUUCUAUGCGAACUAUUCGUUCCAAUUUCUUUCAAGAUGAUAAUAGUUGUACGUUUAAUGGGUCGGUGGCCGGGAAAUCAGGCUGCAUCUCUGAGAAUCUCACUGAUUCUGUCAUCGACAUCAGGCUUGGCGAGUUGGCAUCGCGCAGCCCUAAGUGGGCUAGCCAAUCGUCUGAACAGGAAGAGGAUUUUCUCGAACUUUCUCAUGCUUUCAGUGAUUUCUCUGCUUGUAGCAGUGAUAUUUCGGGUGAGUUGCAGAGACUUGCGAGCUUACCGUCCAUGGCGGUUGUUUCUAAAAGAGAAGGUGGAGAUGCUGAGACCGAGCCUGAGCCAUGCUUAGGGUUUCUGCAGAGGGAGAAUUUCUCCACUGAGAUUAUUGAGAGUAUUUCGCCCGAAGAUCUGCAGCCGACUGUCAAGAUCUGCAUCGAUGGGCUUCAGUCAUCAUCAGUUGCUGUGAAGCGAUCUGCGGCGGCUAAGCUGAGGCUUCUGGCGAAGAACCGGUCCGAUAAUCGGGUACUCAUUGGGGAGUCCGGCGCCGUUCCUGCUUUAAUUCCUCUACUUCGAUCUACCGAUCCAUGGACACAAGAACACGCUGUAACCGCCCUGCUGAAUCUCUCACUCCAUGAGUCUAACAAGGUUAUCAUCACGAACGCUGGAGCCAUUAAGUCACUGGUUUAUGUGCUCAAAACCGGCACCGAAACUUCGAAACAGAAUGCGGCAUGUGCUCUGAUGAGCCUCGCUCUGUUGGAGGAGAACAAAACUUCGAUUGGGGUUUGCGGGGCCAUCCCACCACUGGUAUCUUUACUAUUGAAUGGAUCGAAUAGAGGGAAAAAGGACGCGCUCACGACGCUCUACAAGCUUUGCUCAAUCAAGCCGAACAAGGAGCGGACUGUUACCGCCGGAGCUGUGAAGCCAUUGGUGGCGCUGGUAGCAGAGCAAGGGACGGGUUUGGCAGAGAAAGCGAUGGUGGUUCUGAGUAGCCUGGCUGGGAUUCAAGAGGGGAAGGAUGCUAUUGUGGAAGAGGGUGGAAUUGCUGCGCUUGUGGAAGCAAUUGAAGAUGGGUCAGUGAAAGGAAAAGAGUUCGCGGUAUUAACACUCUUGCAAUUGUGUGUUGAGAGUGUGAGAAAUAGAGGGUUGCUCGUAAGGGAAGGUGGAAUUCCACCUCUGGUCGCACUUUCUCAGACUGGAAGCGUUCGAGCAAAGCACAAGGCGGAAACGCUUCUGGGAUACUUGAGAGAACCAAGACAUGAAGCAUCCUCAUCAAGUCCUUAAAAACGGAAGGCCUUAGGUGGGUUUUUCUUAGAAGGUAAUUGUAUUAUUAAGUAGUGGUUUCGUGGUUGCUGUAUAUAGGGAGUGGUUUUUGUUUUUGUACAGCGUGGUUGAGAGAGAAUGUUGGAGGAAUUGUGAUUGUAGAAGGAAGUAGUGUUAGUAGUUCAGUUAGUAAAGCCAAAAACUGACGGUUAGAGAAGAAGAUGUAUGAUUGUUAACUAGGUUCUGGGAUAUCCUAUCCUUAUAAUGACUUUCCAUUUUGCUAAUAGUGGAAUAUCACUUGGUUUGGUUUUCUGGGUUUGGGGAUUUGAUGAAAUUCUGAUUGGGUUGCGUGUGUCUUGUCUUGUAUGGGUGAACCCAAAUUCUGUGGAACUCAUCUUCUUGUUUUACAUAUUUAAGCUGGGAAUUGCACAAAUUUUUGCAUUCUUCUUCA